CUCCAUCUUUAUCCCCCGUACACGCACAAAUCAAUAUCUCUCCCCCUCUCUCUCUCUCUCUCUCUCUCUCUCUCUUCAUCUCCUCCCCCAUUUCUCUCUCUUCUUUUCUAUUCAAUGCGCCUUACACUUUGCCACCAUCACCAGAUCCUCCCUCACCCUUUCAUUCCCAUCCUCUCUACUUUCGAUUCUUCAAAUCCCAGAUCCCUUUUCUUUUUCCUUCUCAAUUCUUCUUGUUAGCUAGCUAUGAUGUCUUCUCUACGCCCAGAUCUCACCACCAAAAUCUACCCCUACACGGAGGAGGAACCACUCGACCUUUUCGACCAUCUACCGGACUCUCUCCUCCUCUUGGUCUUCAACAAGAUCGGUGAUGUCAAGGCUUUAGGUCGUUGUUGCGUUGUUUCCAAGCGAUUUCAUACCCUUGUUCCUCAGGUCGAAAACGUUGUUGUUCGUGUCGACUGUGUUAUCUCCGACGACGAUGCCACCUCCGCCUCCGGUGCCUCCGAUAAAUCCCGUGGACCCUUUUCCAGUCUUGUUCGUCUUGUUUUUGGUGGAAUCGUUAAGCCCAUCCAAGCUCUUGGAAACUUUUUGGGUCCCAAGAGAUCUUCAUCCUCCUUAUCUGUCGGUAACAACGUUGAUGCUGAUGAUGAUCUUGAACAUGGAGGUGGAGUUACGCACCAUUCUCCCACUCAAGUUCUCAAAAACUUCGAAGAGAUUCGUUUCCUUAAAAUCGAGCUUCCAAGCGGCGAAUUAGGUAUCGAAGACGAUGUACUGUUGAAAUGGAGGGCGGAUUUCGGAUCCACCCUUGAUAAUUGCGUCAUGCUCGGCGCAUCCUCCGUGAUUCAUCCCACCCAGAAUUUUACAUCUAGUGAAACCAAUUGCGAUCGAGUAUGUGGAGCUGGGGUUGGGGUUGUGACUGAUGAUAAUGGAAGCAUUCCGGAAUCGUUUUACACCAAUGGUGGAUUGAAAUUACGGGUAGUAUGGACGAUAAGCUCAUUGAUCGCAGCUUCAGCAAGGCACUACUUGCUUCAACCUAUAAUCGCAGAGCAUAAGACAUUAGAUUCCUUGGUUUUGACAGAUGCAGAUAGACAAGGUGUCUUGUGUAUGAACAAGGAACAAUUAGAAGAACUGAGGGUGAAGCCAUUAUCAGCUUCUUCAGCUUCAAAAAGAACCCUAGUCCCAGCUUUGAAUAUGAAGCUUUGGUAUGCUCCAUUUCUGGAACUACCUAAUGGGACUGUGCUCAAAGGGGCUACAUUAGUAGCAAUUAGGCCUAGUGAGCAAUCAACAACACAGAAGGAAGUUUCUGAUGGAUCAUGGGUUUCAUCUGCUUUUGAAGAGCCUUAUGGAACUGCUGCAAGAAUGUUGGUUAAGAGGCGAACUUAUUGCCUUGAGAUGAAUUCCUUCUGAGCUUUCAUGGCUGCAUAAAAGGCGAUAAACUUUAUGAUUCAAGGCACAGGGAAAACAAAACACACAAUUUUGUUCACAUGUAUAUGAGGUUCGAUGGUGCAAAAUGUUACUUACCUUCAAUGGUGCUUCAAUGGUGUAUGGGUUGAUGAGGGUAUGUUUCGGUUUAUGUAUGUAUGGUAAUGGUAUGAAAAGUGAGAAAAAAAGAGUUGCCUUGGUGGUGGAUGGUGUUGCAAGGGGGUUGUUUUGGGUUCUGUGUUUGUUUGUAGUCAUAUCUAUAUCUCUAUAUCUCUAUAUAUGUUAUACGAUCUUCAUUUAUGUGAAUAUUUGUAGGUAUGAAACAAUACUAGUGUUUAUAAGUGGCUUAAACUGCCUGUUUUCUGAA